CAAAUGUGAGGGAGAAAAUUGAAAAACUACAAAACGGCAUCGUUCGAGGUCAAUUAGGUUGACUUUAAGCAAAUUCUUUUGACUACUAAGCCUAAUUAACGGUUUCACAACAUUAACCGUUUGUUCUAUGAUCACCUGAAAUUACGAUAACGUAGGUCCCAUAGUAAAUUUAAUAAAAACUAUAUAAUAUCUCACAAUAAUAAUUUAAAAAUAAAUCACGCCUUCACUCCCGGAACUCUCUUCCUCUUUAAAUACUUCCCGACAAUAACAAGCUUCAACACAAACCCGAAUCAAAAACUUCUCUCUUUUUAUCAUAUUUUUCUCUCAUUUUAUCUAUGUUUAGAAUAAUGUUUUCGUAUUCUAGUAAUUGUUUUGCUUAUGCUUUUCUACUUCUUCUAUCAAUCGGUAACACAGUUGCAUUGUCUUCGAGUACUCUGGCUCAUGUUCAAGAUCCAAAUCUAGUCGUUGAAGAAGUUAACAGAAGUGUAUUCAAUGCGUCAAGGAGGAGCUUGGCCUACCUAUCUUGCAGAACCGGAAAUCCUAUUGACGAUUGUUGGCGGUGUGACCCGAAUUGGGAAACAAACCGCCAACGGUUAGCAGAUUGUGCCAUUGGGUUUGGCAAAAACGCUAUCGGAGGCCGUGAUGGUCGAAUCUAUGUAGUUACGGAUCCGGCCAACGACGAUCCAGUAAACCCUAGACCCGGAACUCUAAGAUACGCAGUCACACAAGAAGAACCAUUAUGGAUCAUUUUCAAGAGAGAUAUGGUCAUUAGGCUCAAAAAAGAACUUAUCAUCACAUCUUUCAAGACCAUUGAUGGUAGAGGCUCGAGUGUUCACAUAACCAAUGGACCAUGCUUAAAGAUUCACUAUGCACAUAACAUCAUCAUUCAUGGCAUUAACAUCCAUGACUGCAAACCAGGAUCAGGUGGCAUGAUUAAAGAUCAGCCAUAUCACACCGGGUUGUAUAUCCCAUCCGAUGGAGACGCCGUGGCGAUAUUUGGAGGGGAACACGUGUGGAUUGACCAUUGCUCGUUGUCGAACUGCGAUGAUGGACUCAUAGACGCUAUACAUGGUUCAACGGCUAUAACCAUAUCGAACAAUCACAUGACGCACCAUGACAAGGUCAUGCUUUUAGGGCAUAGUGAUAGUUACACGCAGGACAAGAACAUGCAAGUCACAAUUGCGUUUAACCAUUUCGGAGAAGGACUCGUUCAAAGAAUGCCACGGUGCAGGCAUGGAUAUUUCCAUGUAGUGAACAAUGAUUAUACUCACUGGGAAAUGUAUGCAAUCGGUGGAAGUGCUUCUCCAACGAUAUACAGCCAAGGCAAUAGAUUUCUUGCUCCUAACACCCGAUUUAAUAAAGAGGUUACAAAACAUGAAGAUGCACCCGAAAGCCAAUGGAGAGACUGGAAUUGGAGAUCGGAAGGGGAUAUGUUAUUGAACGGAGCCUAUUUCCGCGAGUCCGGUGCUGGAUCUCCCUCUACUUAUGCAAGAGCUUCGAGCCUGAGUGCAAGACCAUCGUCUCUUGUGGGUUCCAUCACGACGACAGCAGGCACUUUGAGUUGUCGGCGAGGCCGUCGCUGUUAAUGAUAAUGAAAUCAUAAAGAGAGAAGAAAUUACUAAUGGAUCAUUGUUUAUGCAAUGGUGCGUAUGUUUAACGAAUGGUAAGAGUCUUUUUUUUAUAAAACGUAAUGUUACAAGUGUAAUGCGUCUGCUAUGUCUCUAGACAUUUGCGAGAGAAUUUUCAAAUUUUCUAUCAAUAUAAAUUUCAAGCUAGCAAA